AUGUCGAAAGAGAUGACAGUUGUGAUACCCAUGGAAGACGGUGAACCAUUGGGUGCUGUACCCAAUGAUAAACUUGUAAUCGUUAAAGUACAGCAGGGCACCCUCGCAGAUGGAAAGCUUAAGGUGGGUGAUCAAAUUCUUAAAGUAAACGAAACAAUUGUACGUGAUGCGGAUCAUUUUUACCAGUUACUUCGUUUUGCUCCACCGGUCGCUUCAAUUAGUUUAGUACGUGAUGCGAAGAAAGCGGCUGAAUUGGAGGCUAAAGUUCAUAUCCCACCAGAACGAGCUAAGUUAAUCGUACGCCGCGAUGGAUACACUUACUUUGUUGCUCGAAUUGACUGGAAACCUGGUGGUCCAAAGCUUGGUCUCGGUAUCAAGCACUACCAAAAUCGUGUAUUAGUAUCGCGUGCCGAUCAGAAUUCGCUUGCUGCUCAGCAGUUGCUAAUCGGUGAUCAUAUCAUCGAUAUCGAUGGACGACCAGUAACUGAUAAAGAUGUAUGCCGCGAACUUCUUCUCAAAAGUCUUCAAUCACAGCGUUUCGUUACAAUGAUUGUUGAGCGUCCGGAAACUAUGGAAGCACGACAUUGGGUUCAGAAUGCUCUUGCUGCAUCUGCAGCACAAGCUCCAUCUGUUGCAAUGAACAGUGACGUGCGUGAAAUAGCCGCUCGAGAGAGACAAAAACUGAAGAAGAUUCAACCGCCAAAGAAGAGCUGUAUGCGAAAAACGAGUGCUCCUGGGAAACCGAUCACAAUUAAUGAAAAUAAAACAUCGGAAUUUAUUAUUGCAAGCGAUAAUGAAGGCAAAGUGCUUCGUCAUGUUAGACGAUAA